UGUCGAAAUAGAUUUUAAAAUGUUUAGGAAAACUUGUUGCUGUUUAAGCUUAUCUACAAAUAAAAGAACUGUUAACAUUUAUAGAACGGAUCUGCUUUACUUUUAUGAGCAACUGGCAAAUUAUAAGGUUAGGGACAGCGAGUGCUGGAUGUGUUACAUCUGCCAGACGAGACUGCAGCAGUGUCACCGGCUGCAGCAGUUGGCCGUACAGACACGGGGCCUUGUUGAUGGUCUCUGCUGGAAUAAGACUGAUAUUGACAUUGGACCAAUUGGAUCUUUGUUAGAACUAUCAAUCCAUAAGAUGAAAAAUAUUUCCACAACACAUCCUACCGCAGAUAAUAUUAUAAAAGAGGAGCCGGACAUAAAGACUGAACAAUACGAUGAAGACGAAGUAAUUGAAGAACAAACUGUAGAAAAUACAAAUACGUAUGGAGAAGAUUAUGCACCCGUGUUAGAAUUUGUAGAUGAUGAUGUGUCAGAUAGUGAUGCUGUUUGCAAACAGGAAUCAUUGAGCGUUGUCCGCAUUGAUGCUUGGCAAGGCUCAAGGGUGCUUGAAUUGAAAUUAGUAAAGUUGAGUCAAAGUGUCAUUGACAAGUAUGGACGCCAAAGUCCCCCCACGCAGCACACAGCCACAGAAGAACAUGUUGGGGACAAGGGAAAGUGCGCUGGUGAACAGAGCAUAGAUAAUGAGGACAAAAAGGCACAGUACAAGAGUCACAAGGAACAACACAUCUGUGAUGUUUGCUUAAAAAUGUUUCCGACUAAAAGCAGGUUGCUAAAGCAUUUAGUGAUUCAUACUGGUGAGAAACCAUUUAACUGUGACAUAUGUCAAAAGAAAUUUUUACGAAGAUCGCACUUAAAAACACACUUAUUAAUUCAUACUGGUGAGAAACCAUAUAACUGUGACAUAUGCCAAAAGAAAUUCUUACAAAGAUCGCACUUAAAAACACACUUAUUAAUUCAUACUGGUGAGAAACCAUUUAACUGUGACAUAUGUCAAAAGAAAUUUUUUGUAAGACCGGAAUUAAAAAAACACUUAUUAAUUCAUACUGGUGAGAAACCAUAUAACUGUGACAUAUGUCAAAAGAAAUUCUUACGAAGAUCGGACUUAAAAGAACACUUACUAAUUCAUACUGGUGAGAAACCAUAUAACUGUGACAUAUGUCAAAAGAAAUUCUUACGAAGAUCGCACUUAAAAAGACACUUAUUAAUUCAUACUGGUGAGAAACCAUAUAACUGCAAUAAAUAAUUAUGUCAAAAGAAGUUCACAGCAUGCAGCUACUUAAAAAGACAUUCAGUAAUUCAAACUGGUGAGAAGUCAUAGUAAAUAGGGAAUUUUCUUUCUUUUAAUUUUUAGAAUCUGCAACAGAUGGCGUAACAAUAGGCACUUCUAGAUUUUCUAUUGGUUCCCCCACGGAAUAUAUAACACUAAGGGAAGGGCCAUAGCAAGUAAGUUUCAUUGAAACUGCUGUCGCCAAACUCACACAGUAACAUUUU